AUUGCAGAAUCUCAAACACUCUCCCAACCCCCAUUUCUAAAGAAGAAGAAGAAGAAGCAGAAGCAGUUUUGCCCAUUCCCCAACUUCCUCUUCUUCUUGCAAAUUUUUAAGCUUUAAUGGCCCAAUCUACAUUUGUUGCUGCUGUCUGCGUUCUUAUUCUUUCGCAUUCGUUCAUAUCAGUAGUGAAAGCCACAACCUUUACAAUAGUAAACGAAUGCAAUUAUGUCGUAUGGCCUGGGAUUCUAUCAAACGCAGGUGUUCCAACGCUUCCCACCACUGGUUUCGCUCUCCAAAGCGGCGAAACCAAAGCCAUUACUGCACCGGCAUCAUGGGGUGGUCGGUUCUGGGGUAGAACCCAUUGCUCCGAGGAUUCCACCGGGAAAUUUUCCUGCCUUACCGGUGAUUGUGGCUCCGGGAAGGUGGAAUGUUCUGGAAACGGCGCUGCUCCGCCGGCGAGUUUAGCUGAGUUCACAUUGGACGGUGCUGGCGGCCUCGAUUUUUUCGAUGUGAGUUUGGUCGACGGUUACAACAUCCCUAUGUUGGUUGUUCCACAGGGUGGCACGGGACAAAACUGUACCAACACCGGCUGCGUGGUUGACCUUAAUGGCUCUUGCCCUUCCGAGCUGAAGGUGAUGAGCUCCGACGGCACAGCUGGCGUCGCUUGCAAGAGCGCUUGCGAAGCUUUCGGCGACCCUCAGUACUGUUGCAGCGGCGCGUAUGGUACACCCGAUACUUGCAAACCGUCUUCGUACUCGGAGGUGUUUAAGACAGCUUGCCCACGCGCAUACAGCUAUGCCUAUGAUGAUAAAACCAGUACCUUCACAUGCGCCAACGCUGAUUAUACAAUUACUUUCUGUCCUUCGCCUAACACUAGCCAAAAAUCAUCGCAAGAGCAACAAAACACGGAAACGACAACACCACCUCUUAUCAACACCACGAUGGUGUAUGAAGGGGCAUUGGACCAAAGUGUAGCAUCACCCUCUUCCUGCACCCACGUGCUCGUAAACCUGGGCAUCAUUAUGGCAAUUUGGUGGUCGUGGCAACUCUUCUAACUCCUUUCACUAACUUCUUCUGUAGGGGGCCUUAAGCCGGCCCGGCCGGGUUCGGGCAUUAGACUUACGAAAGUACUUUAAGAUACAAGCAGAAUAUAUAGAGAUAUAGAGUAAAGCCCCAGGCUAACUUUGUCCCCUUCAAGCACGGACAUUGUUACGGUGUUAGGCGUAGGAGAUUCUUUUUUAGGUUUAGUAUUUAUUGUAGGAGGGGAAUGGGAUUCAUCUAAUUGUUGGUUUCAGGAACUUAUCAAUAAUAAUAUUUAUUACCAGCUUUUGGCUUUA